AUGAUAAGUACAACCAUCGGAAGUUUAUUUUUCGGUUUAUUGUACCGAUCAUAUUGUACCGAUCAACUUCGCUGGCUGAUAGAGCUCAACGAGGACGAGUUUGUGGUCGCCUUAAUCGAGAAGGACGGGGUUUCUAGAAACGCCACCUGCUGGCAUACAGUAUACUUGAGAAGAAAUGUGUAUGAGUGUAUUUAUAUUUGCAAAUAA